UCCAACACAAACCAUUAAACUCAGCAACUAAUAAACAAUUAAACAAAUUCUUUAAGAGAUUCAGAACACCACAAGAAAACACAUGAAACAUGGAAUGUGUUCACUGCUGCUGCUUACAGUUUCAGUGGCAGUGAUAUGGUCCACAACGACGGUUUCUGCUCAAUCUGACUGCACAAAUGUUCUUAUAAGCAUGGUGCUGUGUCUUGGCUACAUCACUGGGAACUCUUCUACUCCUUCCCAGCAAUGUUGCAAUCAGUUAGCUAAUGCUGUCAGGUCGUCUCCUGAGUGUUUGUGUGAGGUUCCCAAAGGUGGAGGUUCCCAGUUUGGGAUCAAUGUUAAUCAAACACAAGCUCUUGCUUUGCCUAAAGCUUGUAAUGUUGAAACUCCUCCUGCAAGUAGCUGCAAUGUUAAUUCGCAUGCAGAAUCAUCAAACACAUCAGGUUCAAGAGUUGGGUCGUCGUCUGAUGGGAAUUCUAUCAAGCUCUCAUUCCCUCUUCUCGCCAUCCUAUCCACAGCUUCCUACAUUAUAUGCUCAAAAUACUGACCUUUUUCGUUAGAAACCACAAAGCUUUUGGCCUCUUAAUUUGAUAGGCAUAUUCUUUACUAGUCUCUAUUGAACAUGAAGAGUGUAGUGUGGUGUUGUGUUAUGUAUUUUGUGCUUUAUAAAUCCCUACUUUCUGAGUGAUAUCGAUAAAUAGUGUGUUGUAUCUACGGCCUUUAGGCAAUAAACAUUACUUUCUAG